GAUUAUGGGACUGACCAGUCCUGGCAUUUUGAGUGAGUCGGGCUCCUUAGAGAGAGAAAAAGGAGAAAGAGAGAGAGGUAGAGAGAGAAAAGAAGAGAGAGAUGCAUGUUUAUUUGAGAGAGAGUUGCAUGUUUGUUAGAGAGAGCUCAGAGCUUAAAGAGAGAGAGAGAGAGAGGUUAAAUUGACUGACACUGCCUGCUUUAUUGACUGAGGACUGUGUGUAACCCGUGAUGAAAAUUCAGUCCUGGGUCUUCUAUAUGGAAAAAUAUACAAAUAAAUAGGAGAAAAGUGACACUGUUUGAUUGAUAAGAGAGAGAGAGGGCAUUAACCUGAGAAAAAUAUUGCGUAUCUAUAUUUUUUGUAGUAGCAGUGGAGAGAAUAUGGUUUUUGCUCUUGGGUUGUGAGAUUGAAACUCUGUGAUGAAUAUUUGGGCUGUGACUGUGAUGUCCAUCUCAUAAAACCUCAUCCGGUCCUGUUCCCAAACCCUAAUAUCGUAGAAAAUGCCUUCAUAUGUACCUGACCUGUGUUGCUGGUUAUUAUGAGAGAAAAAAACAUUGGGUCCGUAUAAUCUCUCUCUAACAUUCGGGUCCGCAAUUUAUCUCUCAUAUGGGGUCAGUUUAAACCUCUCUCUCUCUCUCUCUCUCUCUGUCUAAAACACGCACAGGGCGUUCAGUAUAAGCUCUCUUUAACAUUCUGUUCAGCUGUUUGAUACCUUUCCCUUUUUGGCUCAGCAUAACUUGCAUAUGCUUUCUCUCUCUUUUAACCCACACAUUGAUGUCAGAUAAUCUUUCUCUCUCUUGUAAAAUUGGGUUUUGCACCCUCUCUCUCUCUCAAACCCACACACUGAUGUCAGAUUCUCUCUUGCAAAAUUGGAUUUUGCACCAGAUAGAAAAAGAGGUUCCUUCCUCCAAAUAUGUCAUUGUGUUGAUAUAACUAAGAGAAAACUCAGAAAACAGUUUGGGUCCCUGCAAGGAAAACUUGUCUUUCAAGUUCUCAAUGAAGAGUUGGGUGUAUCAGUGGUCUCAGAGCCUGAAAAGACCCAAGGUUUGUUCUUUUAUUGAAGAAAUGCUUUAUUCACAUGGUCAUGAAGUUUAGAGAGAGAAAGCAUCUGCCAGAGUUGGAGAAAUAAAUGGCUUGUAUCAGACUGGUUAUGCUCUUGUAGGAGCACAUGAACUCCAUUCAAGGAAUUUCAGAACCUGUGAAAAAAACCCAUAUCUUUUCCCCUUCCACUAUUGGCAUUUUCCUGGUCCUGAUCAAGAGCACUUCUCUAUCAAGCUCUGGAUUUGACAGAAAAAAGAAAUAAGAAGAAGAAGCAGUUUUUUCUCGGGUAAAUCCCAGCCAUGAAUGGCUUUUGGGUCGUUCUUUCUCUGUUCCUUCUACUAUCAGAAACACCCAAUGCCAUUACGGGAAGUGUUGAUCAAGCAGCCAUGGCAGCUCUGCAAAUUGAGCUAGGAGUUACUUUUUGGACCCCAAAUGUAUCGGACUAUUGUUCGUGGACUGGUGUCUCUUGUAACUCCGAUCAAUCAGUGGAAAAGCUGAAGCUCUCAGGCCAACAGCUCACUGGUAAUAUCUCCUCUAUCUCUCUCCUCAAAUCUCUGAAAUUUUUAGACCUUUCUUCCAAUUACCUUAAUGGUCAGAUCCCUUCGGCUCUUGGGUUUUUAUCGGACCUUGAAUUCCUUGAUUUAUCGGGGAACAAAUUCACAAACUCCGUACCCCCUGAGCUCGGGAAUCUCAGAAGCCUUCGAUCCUUAAACCUCUCUAACAACUUAUUAAAUGGCGGUAUCCCUUCUGAGCUUUCUUCACUGAACCAGUUAGAGUCUCUUAACCUGAACCAGAACCGGCUCACGGGUGAAAUACCUGAAGACCUCAGAGGUUUAGAAAAGUUACAGGAGCUUCAGCUCUCUGGCAAUGGUCUUGAAGGCCAAAUACCUAGUUGGGUUGGAAACUUAACAAAUUUGAAACUCUUUUUAGCUUAUGAGAAUAAAUUAACAGGUAAAAUACCAGAAAAUUUCGGUUUAUUUUCUGAGCUUCGUAUUCUAAAUCUCCAUUCAAACCAUUUAGAAGGGCCAAUACCAGCGAGCAUUUUAUCUUCUGGUAAGUUAGAAGUCCUUAUCUUGACCUUGAAUCAGCUUAAUGGCUCCCUACCUGAAGCAGUCGAGAACUGUAAAGGCCUAUCAAACCUUCGAAUUGGGAACAACAAGCUGGUGGGGAGCAUUCCUUCUGGUAUAGGAAAUCUCACUAGCCUUACUUAUUUUGAAGCUGAUAGUAACUAUUUCUCAGGAAGCAUAAAUCCAGAGUUUGCAAAGUGCUCGAAUUUGACGCUAUUGAACUUGGCCUCAAAUGGGUUUACCGGUACAUUGCCCCCUGAGCUUGGGAACCUAUUGAACCUUCAAGAACUGAUAGUUUCAGGAAACAGUUUGAUUGGCGAUAUCCCAAAAGCCAUUUUCAAGUGCAAGAACUUGAGCAAGCUUGAUCUGAGCAGUAAUCGAUUCAAUGGAACCAUUCCCAAAGAGCUUUGUGAUAUGUCGAGGUUACAGUACCUUUUACUAGAUCAGAAUUCUCUUAGAGGGGAGAUUCCUUCUGAGAUUGGUAACUGUGUGAGGCUUCUUGAGCUUCAAAUGGGUAGUAACUACUUCACUGGAGAGAUCCCACCUGAGAUUGGUAGAAUCAAGAAUUUGCAGAUAGCUCUCAACCUGAGCUUUAACCACCUUCAUGGACCAAUACCUCCAGAUUUGGGGAGGCUCGACAAAUUGGUGAUGCUUGAUUUCUCUAACAAUCAGCUAUCAGGGAGCAUCCCUUCCGAGCUUAAAGGAAUGGUGAGCUUGAUCUAUGUGAAUUUCUCAAACAACCAGCUUUCUGGUCAGAUCCCGAGCUCUAAGCCAUUUCAAAAAAGCCCAGUUUCAAGUUUUGCAGGGAAUAAAGGUCUAUGUGGAGAACCCAUGACCUCCUGUUCUGGAACUUUAAGCCAUGAAUCCAACAACCAUAGAGGCUAUUACAAGAAGGUUUUAGUGGUCAUUGGUUCUGCUUUAACUGUUUUUAUCACAGUCACUGUAGUGGUUUUACUGUUUAUGCUUAGAGAGAAGCAAGAAAUGGUGGCUGCUGCUUCUUUAGCUUCAGAAUCUGGAAUUUCUACCUCUCCUUUGAUCAUAGCUGGUAAUGUUUUCAUCGAGAGCUUGAAACAAGCUGUUGAUUUCGAGAGUGCAGUAAAGGCCACUCUCAAGGAAUCAAACAAGCUUAGUAGUGGGACUUUUAGCACUGUUUAUAAAGUUAUUAUGCCUUCUGGUCUUGUUCUCUCAGCAAGGAGGUUGAAAUCGAUGGACAAAACUGUGACCCAUCAACAAAGCAAGAUGAUCAGAGAGCUUGAGAGAAUGGCGAAGCUUUGCCAUGAUAAUUUGAUGAGGCCUGUCGGAUUUGUGAUAUAUGAUGAUGCUGCUCUUUUGCUUCAUCAUUACUGGCCCAAUGGGACCUUGGCUCAGCUUCUCCACAACAAUGUUGAGUCUGGGUUUGAACUAGACUGGCCAAGAAGGCUCUCUAUUGCAAUUGGAGCUGGAGAAGGACUUGCUUUUCUUCACCAUGUUGCUAUAAUUCAUCUUGAUAUAUCAUCAGGAAACAUUCUUCUUGAUGGAAAUUUUAACCCACUUAUUGGAGAGAUUGAGAUUUCAAAGCUUUUGGAUCCGUCAAGAGGGACGGCAAGUAUCAGUGCUGUUGCAGGCUCCUUUGGAUAUAUUCCACCAGAGUAUGCAUACACAAUGCAAGUGACAGCACCAGGGAACGUUUACAGCUUUGGGGUCGUGCUACUUGAGAUCCUCACAAGCCGAUUACCAGUAGACGAGGCCUUUGGAGAGGGAAUGGACUUGGUGAAGUGGGUUCAUAACGCGUCUUCAAGAGGGGAAACGCCAGAGCAAAUACUGGACUCAAGAUUGAGUACUGUCUCCUUUUCUUGGAGAAAGCAAAUGCUCGGGGUUUUGAAGAUAGCUUUGGUUUGCACUGAUAGCACCCCGGCCAAGAGGCCCAAAAUGAAGAAGGUGGUGGAGAUGCUUCAUGAAGUGAAACAAAACUGAUCAUUGAUAGAAUGGUCAAUCUCUCUUUCAAUUAAGAGAGAGAAACUAUAUUUAAUUGAAGCAAAACUUAUGAUCAUCAAAAUGGUUCAUCUGUCUUUCAGGGAAGGAAAGAGGCUAAGUGUACUGAAGCAAAACAGAUGGGCUAAAAGGGUUAAUGACUUUCAGGGAAGAGGGAACUGUGGAUUCUGAUCCAUUGAGAUGAAAGGCCUCCAGCCUUGUAAAGUUUUUUACUGUAAGAUAAGGUCAGAAGACCAUAAGAAGGUAGAAGUGAGAUGCCCAAACGCUGGUUUAGGUGUUUGGUUCUCUGGAUGGAUUGAAAUUUUAGGAUAUGAGGGCUGUUUAUUUUGGUCUCAGAGAAAUAUGAAAUCUUAUCUUCUCUUAAUAGUUCCUUUGAGCAACUGCCAUUGAGUUCCUGCAUUAAAUAUAUUCCAUCUGAUUUGAAUUAAA